CACUUCACUCUCCGUUUGACUGUGAGGCGCAUGGUGCUUGUGUUUGAAUUCCCCUCGCUAAAGAGCAAAUGAAGAGCAGAAUCAGCAGGGUUUGGACCCACUAACCAGGACAAGUAGAGCCCAAGAGCACCGUCUUUUGGCAGAAGGGACAACAUCGAGUGUUUCUCUGAGGACUGCACCUUGUGCGUCUUCUGUUUCUGGGACAAAUCCUCCAAAGCCCCAAAUGUUAAAAGCAUGUCAGUGAAAAUGACUUUAUAGCCACUGACAGGCUGAAGAGAAGAAAGGCAACAUAAACCAUGGAGGCUUGGAGUUCUGCAUAUACAGAGACGUCCCCCUCUGCAUCCAUAUUCCCUACAUUCCCUACUCCCCCCUCUCCUGGCUACUUACAGUUCUUCUGGGAGUACCAUGACAAUUCUGUCAUUGUGGAACAUUACAACUACACUGGCAAGCUACAGAAAGACCGCUACCGUGAGGGUCUCAAACCUGAGGGCAUUGCGUUUCUGGUGGUGUGUCUCCUCAUCGUCCUAGAGAAUGCUGUGGUUCUCAUCGCCAUUUGGAGGAACAAGAAGUUCCAUCUGCCCAUGUAUUACCUGUUGGGUAACCUGGCUCUUUCUGAUCUACUGGCUGGGAUUACAUACAUGGCCAACAUUAUCAUGUCUGGACCUAAUAGUUUGAAACUCACACCGUUGCUGUGGUUCCUCAGGGAGGGAGGGGUUUUCAUCACUCUGGCUGCAUCUAUCAUCAGUUUGUUGGCCAUCGCAAUUGAGCGCCAUGUUACUAUGGUGACAAUGAGGCCAUACCACGGAGCAAAGCGAGGGCGGAUGUUGGCACUGAUUGGUGCAAGUUGGGCCCUCUCAGGCUUUCUAGGGGUCCUACCAAUUCUGGGGUGGAACUGCAUUCACAGGCUGGACCAGUGUUCAACAGUUCUCCCACUUUAUGCAAAGAGCUACAUCCUCUGCUGCGUAUCCGUGUUCAGUGCAGUGCUCCUGGCCAUCGUGGUGCUUUAUGCCAGAGUUUUCCGCAUUGUCCGCAUCAACACACAGCGUCAGCGGCUGGGACUGUCGGGUAGCAUCCGGAAAGGCUUAGCAAGGAAGUCACAGAAAUACAUCGCCCUCCUCAAGACAGUGACCAUUGUGCUGGGUGUCUUCAUCGCCUGUUGGCUGCCCCUCUUCCUUCUCCUCCUCCUGGACUUUUUCUGUCCAAUCCGCAGCUGCAGCCUGCUCUACAAGGCUGAUUACUUCCUCGGAGUAGCUAUGGUCAACUCACUCCUCAACCCCAUCAUCUACACCCUGACCAGUAAAGACAUGAGGAGAGCCAUUCUGAGGCUGCUCUGUCGACCAUGUCUGAUGACCAGAGAUGGACAAGUGAAGAAGAUCGGGAUGCCAUUCCUGGAAUGCAGUUUCAGUAAGACUGAGGUGGCUUCCCAGAAGUUAGAGGGGGGACUGGAGACGACCAUUUCCUCUGGGAAUGUUAUCACCACACCCUCUCCAAUUAAAGCUCUUUACCCCAAACUCUUCAAAUCAUAAUCACGCAGACUCAAGGGUUGAGACCAAAAAUGUGUGAAUGGGUUUCCCACUAAACAGAAGACAUUAUGUAGCAUUAGCAGUAAUAACAGAUGUUAUGGAGGAAUUAAGUACAAUGAAAAAGAUCUUACCAUGGCACGUCAAAUGUGCUGCAGUUACAGCAAUAUAGGCACAUCAUCAAACUCCAAAGGAAACUUAAUUGUGGAUUGAAAUGGAUACUGCUCAAAUAUAAACAAACCUUAACGAUUGAAUGCAAGUGA